UAUGUGGUGCCUCCAGAAGUAUGCUAUUAAAUAUGUAGUCUAAAACCUGCAAAAGCGGUGAGUAGGAUGCAGCAGAAACCUAUGGGGCAGUAAGAAUUUCUAGAGCUGGAAAAAAGUCUAGAGACACCAACCCUGAUCUUCUUUUACAGAUGAGCACACCGAGGUCCGUAUAAGUGAGGUGACCUGUCCGUACCACCAACCAGUGGCAGAGUGGAAACUUGAACCCACAUGUUAUAGGUGAAUGUUUGUAUCCCCUCCAAAAUUCAUGUUAAAGACCUAAUGCCCAAAGUGAUGGCAUUAGGUGGUAGGGCCUUUGGGAGGUGAUUAGGUCAUGAGGGAUUAAUGUCCUUCUAAAGCAGCCCCAGAGAGAUCCCUCACCCCUUCCACCAUGUGAGGACACAGAAGGUACUUUUUCUGCAGGUCAGCAAGUGGGUUCUCACUAGAGAACCAGCGCCGUCAGCUUGGACCUCCCAGCUUCUAGAACUGUGACAAAUAAAUGUUUGUUUAUAAGACGCCGAGUUGAUAUUUUUGUUGUAGCAAUGUGAAGAGACUGAGACAGGUUCCCCGACUUCCUAAGUGAUCUUAACUGGAGGUCAAAGGUAUUGUAAUACUGUGGCUGUGAUUCCCAGAAGAAAAACUCACAUGGCUAAAAUACCACUUUGGGGCAAACUCAGAAGUAGAUGGGGCAAACUCAGUAGAUGGACCCACCUUUGUGGUCUGAAAGCACCCAGAGGCCAGAGACCCUCCUUUUAACGGUGCCUCACCUAGACUGCCCUAGAAUUUAGACCACGGGGCUGGAAUAAGAUCAAGAAUCCCGCCUGCCUUGCUGCCUCUGGGGUGGUAACCAGAGUCCUAGCUGGGAGCCAGCUGUGCUCCUGAUCGCCUUAGGUUGCGGAACUGCUAGCCAGGCUAGGGGCUAGGUCUGAGCAGCACAACCUCUCAGUGCCUCCGGCCCCUUCUAGAGGCAAACAGCAGGGUGGGCGCCACUGACAGCCCAGCGGUCCCGCCUCUCUUUUGUGUACCACGGGAGACUGGCUACCUGACUGGUCUGAUCUGGGGAUCGCCCUACUCCCUGCCGGCAGGUAGAGGACUCUCUCUCUCAUGGCUCCCAACGCAGUCGUUAAGCCCCGCCGGCUUCUCGCUCUCCUAAAUCUGGGGCCGCUUCCAGCCCUGGUGCCAGAACGCAGAGUCUCUGGUUCUGAGGUGCGCCCCUCCGGGUCUCGCAAGCGGCCGGACUCGAGGCUGCGGCCGUCAUUGCUUCUACAAUCAGUGCAUGUUCCUCGCUGACGUCAGUAGGAGCUGUCCGGGAGCUAUAUAAGGCUGGCGGCGGUCCCGGGACAGACCCCGUGUUCCCCAAGGCGCCCUCAGCCCGCCCGGGGGACAGAGACUGGAGCGCCGUCCUGCAACGUGCAGACGCUCUCCGGCAACCUGGCCGGCGGCACCAUGAGGCAGGUGGGACGCGCGGCGCUGCUGGCGGCGCUGCUGCUCCUGGCGGCGCUGCGCCCGGGCAGCAGCCAGUGGAGCCCGGAGGCGGCGGUGGCGGGGGUCCGGGACCCGAGUCUGCGCUGGAGCCCUGGGGCGCGGAACCAGGACGGCGGGGCCCGCGCACUACUCUUGCUGCUGGCCGAGCGCUUCCCGCGCCGCGCGGGGCCGGGAGGAUGGGGACCCCGGACUGCGGGAGAGCGGCCGAGACGGGACGACCCUCCGCUAUCCAUUGACCUCACCUUCCACCUGCUGCGGACCCUGCUGGAGCUGGCGCGGACGCAGAGUCAGCGGGAGCGCGCCGAGCAGAACCGCAUUAUAUUCGAGUCCGUGGGCAAGUGAUCUUCGGAGGGGUCUGCGGCCACGAGAACCUCGACCCCCGUCCCCCACCCCCUGGGCCGGGACGUGCGCGACUGGAACUGACCCAGUCCCGCCGGGCUAUAGCGGCCCAGGGAUGCCCUGGGCACUCUGUGCGUCACCAGUUUUUAAUAAAAGUGCUGAAGAGC